CCUCCGAGACCGCUGGGGCUGCUGGGGGUAUAGGGCGCCCAGUGUGUAGCCCCAGAACAAAUUUUCAAUCCCUAACCUGGCUGUGGUCAUUAUGAUGGAGCAAGAAAAAGAACUGUUGGUCUCAGAUUCUAAUGGCUUCACGGAGAGGGAGAGUUUGGAAAGCCCAGUUACAGGAAAUGAAAGUAAGAAUAAUAUGGGAACUGCUCAACACAAUGAUCCCAAGGCAGGUAAACUUAAAGGAAGAGGUCCAAAAUGGUCUAAAAGACAUGGCCCACAAAAUUCUAAGCAUGGUAAUGCAAGAGAAAUGCCAUUGAUAUGGUUCCAAGGAGAUGAGAUUUGGUGUCAUGAUUCCUAUGAGAAUGGUGGCAAGUCAGUGAAUUCGGGCAGUUCUACAGAGAAAGAGGAGGAAAGACCCAAUCACCAGGAAUGGGACCCAGGAGAACAUGCCAAUGCCUCUGUCCAGCAGAAUUUAUCCUUUAGAGACAAACCCUACAAAUGUUCUGAAUGUUGGAAAAGCUUCAGUAAUAGUUCUCAUUUGCGUUCUCACCAGAGGACCCACUCAGGAGAAAAGCCUUAUAAAUGCUCUGAGUGUGGGAAAUGCUUUUGUAACAGUUCUCAUCUGAUUCAGCAUCUAAGAACACACACGGGAGAGAAGCCCUACCAGUGUGGUGAAUGUGGGAAAAGCUUCAGCAAUACCUCCCAUCUUACUAUCCAUGAGAGAACUCACACAGGAGAAAAACCCUAUAAAUGUCCUGUAUGUGGGAAGAGUUUCAGUAGCAGCUCUCACCUAAUCCAACAUCACAGAUCACAUACAGGUGAAAAACCAUAUGAAUGUUCUGUUUGUGGAAAAGGCUUCAGCCAUGGCUAUGUCCUAAUAGAACAUCAGAGGACUCACACUGGGGAAAAACCUUAUAAAUGCCCUGAUUGUGGGAAGAGUUUUAGUCAGAGUUCUAGCCUGAUUCGCCACCAGCGGACGCACACAGGUGAGAAACCCUACAAAUGUCUUGAGUGUGGAAAAAGGUUUGGUUGUAAUUCUACUCUAUUAAAGCACCAGAGAAUGCAUACAGGAGAAAAGCCCUAUCAAUGUCCAGACUGUGGGAAGACUUUUAGUCGAAGUUCAAACCUUAUGACACACCAGAAAACACACACAGGAGAAAAAUCCUGUGAAAGUUCCGAAUAUGAAAAAAGUUUGAGUCAGAAUUGCAAUGUGAUAGAAGAACACAGAAUCCAACCAGGAGAGAAACCCUAUAAAUGCUGUGAAUGUGGAAAGUGUUUUGGCCUUAGCUCCCAUCUCAUUAGACAUCAGAGAACACAUACAGGAGAAAAACCUUACAGAUGUCCUGAAUGCUGGAAAACUUUUAGUCAGAGUUCUACCCUGGUGAUUCACCAAAGGACACACACAGGAGAGAAACCUUAUAAAUGCCCUGAUUGUGGUGAAUGCUUCAGUCAAAGCUUUAACCUCAUCAGGCACCGGAGGACCCAUAUAGGAGAAAAACCUUACAAAUGUACCAACUGUGAGAAAUGCUUCAGCAGAAGUGCCUACCUCAAUCAACAUCAGAAAAUUCACAUAAAAAAGCCUUUUGUGUCUCCUGAAGUUGGGGGUUUUCCUCAUGAAUGGACUUGGAAAAACUGUUCAGAGGAGAUGGCUCUCAUCCCUUCAUUUUCAGUCUUAAAGUCAUCUUCCUGAGUCCCAAAGCCUGGUAGUUUUUCUUCCCUUACUGGACCAUUACAAUUAAA